AUGACUGGUUCCCGUGAUAGCGCUCCUGAAGAUGAUGUUUCCAGAGAGGAAACUUACAGGGAGGAUGUUUCUACAAACGCGUCUUCCAGAGAUGAUGAUUCUUCCAGAAAUGGCUCCUCAUUCCGGAUGCUCAUAAAUCCCAGGAGUACUACUCAGAACAAGUUAGUAUCUCCUCAAGCGAUAAUUAGAUUUUAUUUGAAUGGGAAACACUAUUUGGGUUCACAUGUGGAACUUAAGCUUUCUCGAAAGCCUAUGGCGCAUUUCUCUGGGUGGGCAAGGCAUAUGUUGGGUCAUAGCCGUGUAAGGACCAUGCUGGAUCAUGCACAAGUGACACGAUCUAUUCAAGCUGCUGGGGAUUUAGUCAUUCAUCAUGAUAUACCAGGUCUAACUUAUUUCACUUAUACUGCUGCAGCUGGGAUAAUUAAUCUUCAACCGCAAUUAAUCGUGAUAAUCUUAGAUAAGGGUAAUAUGUCGUCUAGUAUUGACAAGAGGUGGAUGGAUUUUAAUCGUAAGUCUGAAGAGUAUAUACAAGGAGUAAGGUCAUUUAUAGAGUUUGUCAAGAAUAAUGGUGGUCAGAGUACUAUGUUUUCAUGUCCUUGUAAACGUUGUAACAACGGUAAAGGAUCACUAACACUUGGUGAGAUUUCGUACCAUUUGUUCAAACAUGGGAUUGUAUCAUCAUAUAAAAUGUGGUGUUUUCAUGGUGAAAGUUCUGUGGUUGAAGCGCAGCAAGCACAUAGGGGUAAUAAUUUAAUAGAAGGUGUAGAUGCCAACGUAGGAGAUGCAGCUGAAAAUUUUGAACAUGUAGUUGAUCCUUCAGCGGACCCUGUUGUCGGCCCUUCAGUUAAUGCUGCAACAGAAGGUACAAAUCAGAAUGUUGGAGAAGGUGUAGAUGUGAAUGUUGGAGAUAGAGUUGAUGAGAAUGUUGGAACUAGCAGGAGUAAGAGAAGACAAUUUCUACAUGAGCGUGCAAGAAAACCUUUGUACAAUCUAUGUCCUGAAGGAAAAACAUCCCUUUACGUUGCUAUGAUGUUGACUAACAUAAAGACCCAAUAUGGAAUCUCAGACAACGGUGCUACUGCAGUCUUGGAAUUGAUGAAAGAGUUGCUCCCUGGAGGAAAUACUUUGCCAUGUAAGUUUGCUGAAGUUAAAAAGAUGAUUCAAGAACUAAGGAUGGAUUACAUAACAUAUGAUGCGUGUGUAAAUGAUUGUGUCUUGUAUUGGAAGGAUAAAAGUCUAUUGUUGAAGUGUCCUGUUUGUGAAGAACCUAGAUAUAUAAUUUUUUUCAAUGAUGAGAGGAAACUGACCAAAGUUGCGCAAAAGACUUUAAGGCCUUUUCCAAUUGUUGAAAAGCUGAGAAGGUUUUACAGUAUUCCAUGGAUAACAGAGGCAAUGUAUUGGCAUUCUAAAGCGCAGUCAAGAUGCGACAUCCAGUUGAUUCUGCAGCUUGGCGGUGUGCGGAUAAAUUUUCUUCAGAGUUCGUUAAGGAGCCACGGAAUUUAUUGGCUGGUAAUUCUCCAUCCUUACAACCUUUCUCCUUCUUACUGUAUGUUGCGGGAAUUCUCAAUGUUGGCACUGUUGAUAUCUGGCCAAAGAGCACCGGGUAAAGAUAUUGAUGUGUAUUUAGAGCUACUGAUAUAUGAACUGAAACUUUUAUGGAAUGAAGGUGUAAAAACAUACGACUCCUCCACUAAGACUGAAUUUCUGAUGAAAGCGCGGUUGUUAUGGUCUAUCCAUGAUUUUCCAGCUUUGGGUACUUUAUCUGGAUGCGUGAAUCAUGGGUAUUAUGCGUGUCCGACUUGUGGAGACAAUACAAUGGUUGAUUGGCUGUCGUUCAGUAAGAAGAUCUGUUACAUGGGACACCGUAGAUGGCUGCCAGCAAAACACAAGUAUAGAGAUGAUAGAUUGAAUUUCGCUGGUGGGGUAGAACGCGGUGCAGCUCCAUGGCCACUGACAGGGUUGCAGGUUCAAGAGAUGGUACAUAAUCUGAAAUACAAACGAGGGAAAGUAAAACAACUAGCAAAUAAGCGUAAAAGAGGAUCUGAACAUGGUGCUGAUGAAGAAGAAGAGGUAUCUGAUCACCAGUUGUUUUCAAGAAGAUCAAUCCUAAAUGAUUUACCGAAUUGGGGUUCAAAAUCUAUUCGGCAUUGCACAGAUGUUAUGCACACGAAGAAGAAUAUAACAUAA